AUGGCCGCAGGUCCCCUUAUUAACCGCCUGCAAGACCUCACUGCAGCUGUUCGUCCGUCGAUCGCAAUUGCGGGACUGCUGGUGGUGUUUUUGACACUCUGGUCUGCGCUCUCGACAUGGAGACAGUAUAAUCGACUGAGCAACUUCAAGGGGCCUCGUCUAGCUGCGGUUUCGAAAUGGUGGUUAAUAACGAGGGUCGGAGGUGGUAGAGCGUACUUGGACUUUUGGGAGGUUACAAAGAAAUAUGGUUCAAUCGCUCGUGUCGGACCCAACGAUCUCGUCACCGACGACCCCGAAUUAAUGAGGCACAUCCUCAACGUCCGCACCGAAUACCGUCGCUCGGAUUGGUACGAUGGCAUGCGUUUCAACCCCGGCAGCAACAACAUCCUCUCGUGGCGCGAUGAGGACGAGCACUUCAAGCUUCGCUCCAAAAUGUCCGCUGGCUACGGCGGUCGCGAGGUGCAAGACCUGGAGCCCAAGAUCGACAAGAACAUCCUCGCAUUUAUACAGCUCCUGAGGAGAUACGCCGAUAACAACAAGCCGGUUGACCUAGGACGUCGCGCUCAAUUCUUUACACUAGAUGUCAUUUCGGAUUUGGCUUUUGGCGAGCCGUUUGGCUUCCUGGAGACGGACUCAGAUGUGUACAAGUACAUCCAGAUCACAGAAGAGACGCUGCCUUCGGUCAUGGUUACCACUGUUGUUCCUUGGCUGGUCAAGGUCUUGAGCUCGCCUCUGUUCAAGAAGCUUUUGCCUUCGGAGAAAGAUCGACUUGGUUUUGGGAAAUUGAUGGGUGUUGCCGGCUCAGACACAACAGCCACAGCAAUCCGCUCUACCAUGCUGCAUAUCAUCACCAACCCCCAAGUCUACGCCAAACUCCGCGCUGAGAUCGCCAACACCACUUACACAGAAUCCAUCAUCCCUGAUUCUUUAGGUCGCGAACUCCCCUACCUACAAGCCGUUAUCAAAGAAGGCCUGCGCAUCUUCCCUCCCGUCGCUGGCCUCAUGGCCAAGCAAGUCCCACCGCAGGGAGACACCUGGAAGGGCCAGUUCAUCCCAGGCGGCACAAAGAUAGGCUACUGCGCGUGGGGAAUCUUCCGCCGCGAGGAUAUCUGGGGCUCCGACGCGGGGGAGUUUCGUCCUGAGCGGUGGCUUGAGAGUGAGGGUGAGAAACUCAAAGAGAUGGAGAGUGCCUUGGAGUUGAUCUUUAGUUAUGGGCGGUGGCAGUGUUUGGGGCGGCCGGUGGCUUUGAUGGAGUUGAACAAGGUCUAUGUUGAGUUACUCCGCCGGUUUGACUUUUCGAUUUGUGAUCCUACGAAUCCUUGGAAGGUGUUCAACUGCGGUAUUUUCUCGCAGUCUGAGCUCAUGGUGCGGAUUCAACCCAGAGAGUGA